UAGACUGCAGUUGAUGAAAGCUAAGCCGGAUCCUGGACGGGAGGCCAUGUUGCACACCACCCCAUGUGUCGGUGUCCUGCCUGCGAAGAUGUUGAGAACAGCAUAUUGGAAAAAAUUCGUUUUCGUUUUCUUUUUUAAUCUUCAAGGAACACCUUGUUACAGAUUACAGAAUCGCGAGAACUGAUGGGGAAUGAAUCACUCCCUAAAUUCAACCAGUUUCCACCUCUACUAAACGACUGAUUCCUUCUUAGCAGACAGUACUCUCAGUAAGGGUCUGUCACCGCUGGAAGAGGCUAGUAGACGACCGGUGGUUGUGGCGACAUGUCGACCUGACGCUCUACACGAUGCGUCCAAAAGUCAUGUGGCACCUUCUGCGCCGGUACAUGGCGUCCCGGCUCCACUCGCUUCGCAUGGGCGGCUACCUGUUCUCUGGCUCUCAGGCCCCACAGCUGUCCCCUGCCUUGAUGCGGGCCCUGGGCCAGAAGUGCCCCAACCUGAAGCGCCUGUGCCUGCAUGUAGCUGACCUGAGCAUGGUGCCUAUCACCAGCCUGCCCAGCACGCUGAGGACCCUGGAGCUGCACAGCUGUGAGAUCUCAAUGAUCUGGCUGCAGAAGGAGCAGGACCCUACAGUGCUGCCACUGCUGGAAUGCAUCGUGCUGGACCGAGUGCCGGCCUUCCGUGAUGAGCACCUGCAGGGCCUUACCCGCUUCCGGGCCCUGCGCUCACUGGUGCUGGGUGGCACCUACCGAGUCACCGAGACCGGGCUGGAUGCCAGCCUGCAGGAGCUCAGUUACCUGCAGAGGCUGGAGGUGCUGGGCUGUACCCUGUCAGCUGAUAGCACUCUGCUAGCCAUCAGCCGCCACCUCCGAGAUGUGCGUAAGAUUCGGCUGACCGUUGGGGGCCUCUCAGCCCAAGGCCUGGUCUUCCUGGAGGGAAUGCCUGCCCUGGAGAGUUUAUGCUUCCAGGGUCCCCUCAUCACCCCAGAAAUGCCCACACCUGCUCAGAUUGUGGCCUCCUGCCUCACCAUGCCUAAGCUCAGAGUGCUUGAGGUGCAAGGGCUGGGCUGGGAGGGCCAGGAGGCAGAAAAGGUCCUAUGCAGGGGCCUGCCCCACUGCAUGGUUAUUGUCAGGGCCUGUCCCAAAGAAUCCAUGGAUUGGUGGAUGUGAAGGCACCACCCAUCCAUCCCUGGGACCUAUCCUAGCUUUCAAAAGUUAACCUUCUAAGCAGGAAACAAGGUCACAAGGAAAAGAAGCUAGGACCCUGAGGCCUGCAGAGCUGGGGUUGUCUGUCAUCUUGAUGACCUCAGCCUUGUCACCCAGCCUCUGGGAGGCCCAGUUUACACAUUUAGAAAUAGGCAUCAUAGCUACCUCAUGAUUCAUUUGCAUAUACCCCCUCUCUUUUUUUCCCAGUACCUGGGGAUCAAACCCACAGCCUUAGGUUAUGUUAGGCCAGCACUGCUGUGCUCCUGAGCUAUCCUGGGGCUCUAGAAAGUCUUAAUCUCUAAUAGACCCCAGAAGACCACUAUAGAGGGGUCCUUUUCAGUAUACAGAUGGACAGGGAUCAGGGCUCUGUGGUCUGCCUGAUUGUCUGCCUAUAUGCUUGGGAGACAAGCUGUUGAAUUGUCCUAGUAUUCUAAAAAGUUCUCAAUUGUAUUUUCUGUAUUUUGUAUCCUGCCUUUUUCAAGUUUUCUACAGCAUAUGGUAUUUUACUAUUAAAGAUUAAUGAUUUUUUUCAAA